UGCUGCCACGUCUGCUUUCGGUUUCUGGGCGUCUCCAUUUUGUGGACCCUAUGGCAGGCACUGAAGUCUCUGAGACCUGAGCCUCUCAAGCAGCCACUUAGGGCCGGACCGUGUCUCGAUCGAUCCAGCUUUCUGGAGGUCUCCAGCGAAGCCAGGCAACAAAGCUGUUGUUGAGUGGGACAGGCCGGCGACCGCCCGGUAUACAUGGCAAUGUCCUCCGUUACAAGUGGCCAUCAUCCUCACCGUUUAGGGAGUGUCUCUAUUGCAAGACGUCUAAAGGAAAUGAAGAGAGUCCUCAGCAAAGAUGUUGGCUUCUUGUGGUUCCCGGAGCCCCGUUGAAUGGAUGGAGGCUGGACGAGCACCUGACUGCUGCGGUUCUGAACAUGGCCCUGAGCCCUGUGUCAGCUGAGGUCAUUCACCAGGUGGAGGAGUCUCUUGAUGAGGAUGAGAAGGAGAUGAUGCUCUUCUUAUGUAGAGAUGUGACGGACAACCUGGCUCCACCUAACGUCAGGGACCUCCUAGACAGCUUAAGUGAGAGGGGCAGGCUCUCUUCUGCUGCUUUGGCUGAACUGCUCUACAGAGUGAGGCGGUUUGACCUGCUCAAGAGGAUUUUGAAGACAGACAAAGCAGCCGUGGAGGACCACCUGUGCAGAAACCCUCACCUGGUUUCUGAUUAUAGGGUGCUGCUGAUGGAGAUUGGUGAGAAUUUGGGUCAGUCUGAUGUAUCCUCCUUAAUUUUCCUUACAAGGGAUUACACGGGCCGCAGCAAGGUAGCCAAGGACAAGAGUUUCUUGGAUCUAGUGAUUGAAUUGGAGAAACUGAAUCUGAUUGCUUCAGAUCAAUUGAAUUUAUUAGAAAAAUGCCUGAAGAACAUUCACAGAAUAGACUUGAAGACAAAGAUCCAGAAGUACACACAGUCCAGCCAAGAAGCAAGUUCAAAUAUGAAUACUCUCCAAACUUCUCUCCCCAAAUUGAGUAUCAAGGAACACUUAUAUAACUCAAGGCUCCAGAAUGGGCGGAGUAAAGAGCCAAGAUUUGUGGAACACCAUGGCAUUCAAAGAAAACCGGUGAAGACAUCCAUUCAGGAGUCAGGAGCUUUUUUGCCUCCGCACAUAUAUGAAGAGAGUUAUAGGAUGCAGAGCAAACCCCUAGGAAUCUGCUUGAUCAUCGAUUGUAUUGGCAACGACGCAGGUUAUCUUCAAGAGACCUUCACUUCCCUGGGCUAUCAUGUCCAGCCUUUCUUGUUUCCCACAUCACAUGACAUAACCGAGAUUGUUCGCCGAUUUGCCUGUAAGACCCAACAUCAAGACUAUGACAGCUUUAUAUGUGUUCUGGUGAGCCGAGGAGGCUCCCAGAGCAUGAUGGGCGUAGAUCAGGUUUACUCAGGAUUCUCUUUGGAGUGUGUCAAGAACAUGUUCACGGGGGACACGUGCCCUUCUCUCAGAGGGAAACCAAAGCUCUUUUUUAUUCAGAACUAUGAGUCGUUAGGUAGCCAGUUGGAAGACAGCAGCUUGGAGGUUGAUGGGCCAUCAAUAAAAAAUGUGGACUCUAAGCCUCUGCCACCCAGACGCUGCACAACUCACCCAGAAGCUGAUAUCUUUUGGAGCCUGUGCACAGCAGACGUAUCUCACUUGGAGAAGUCCUCCAGCGCAUCCUCUGUGUAUCUGCAGAAACUCUCCCAGCAACUGAAGCAAGGCAGGAAACGGCCACUUGUGGACCUCCAUGUUGAACUCAUGGACAAAAUAUACGCCUGGAACAGUUCUUCUACGCAGAAAUACAGUCUCAGUCUGCAGCACACUCUGAGAAAGAAACUCAUCCUGUCUCAUUCCUGAAAGCCCAGAGCCUUCUGAGUUCUUGGUAUAUCAUCUAGGGUGGCUCGGGAGCGAUGGAUCGGGCGCAGACCUCGGAGGCUGCAGCUGCUUCGAGUUGUGGUGUGAAUGCUGCCUUCUGGUCCCCUGCACACAGACAUGAGCCAAACAUUCCUGCUGCUGUGGGGCAGCUACUCCAGCCACGUGCCUUUACCACUCCGAUGGACUGAGUUCUCCGAGACUGGGAGGCACAGUAAACUUCCCACUUACAUCCUUAGGAUGUAAGCACCUAAGUGUGUCAUGUGACUGGGCAAAUUGUUUUCAUGGCUACAGUAUGCAUAUCUAAUCAUUUAGUAAGUACUUUCACAUUUGCCUCCGAUUUCUGUGACCUAGUUCCAUAUCUGCAUUCUUUUUCUGGGAAAACAAAUUUUAUUAUGUAUGUUUAAUAUUUCCAAUAUAAUGCUGUGUGAUGCAUAUAGAUAGAAAAAUAGUUACCCAUGAGCUGGUCCUGACCCUCACCAGCUAUGCAAUUGAUGGCUUGGGUGAAGGAGAACUAGCCCUGCUCCUUGAAGGUCAUAGCGCUUGGGAUAGUAGCCUGUACCUGGCCUGAGCAGCACAGUAGGGCCAGCCCCAAGGACAUAAGAGUGAGUGGGAGAGCUCGCCUCGGUUGGCUCAGGAACAGGAGGACAGGUGGGCUGACCAGCUCUGCUACCAUCCAGGGCUUUGAGUUGGCCCAACCCAGCAUCCACAUUGUCUGUGAACUGCUGGAGUGUGUGAAGGGGCUGGUCCUGCAGAACUAAAGUCUCAGGAUCUCCAUGACACAGGGCAACAGCAGGGUAUCUGAGAGGGGUCCCAGUGAGGAGCCAGUAUUUACAGUGUUCCAGAAGCCAGGGGCCUCAAACCAGACCAAUGACUCAUUGUAAUGAACAUUUGUAAGUAAAGAUGGGUAAACACAUGGGUAUAUUGUGGGACACACUGUGACACAUAGGGGCUUUUAUGGAGGUUUUUUUGUUUUGUUGUUUUGUUUGUUUGUUUUUAUUUUUUGUUUUCUUUGGCAGAAACAGAUUGCAAGGGCAGAGAGUGGAUAUGGAGGCCUGGAGAGAUGAGUGGGAUUGGGGUGCAUGAUAUAGAAUUCACAAAGAAUCAAAAAAAAACUUAAUAAGUAAAUAAAUAAAAAAUGGUUGUUUAGUGAAACAGAUUAGCUUAUUUAUAAUUUAUAUAGCUAGCUUUUUUGUAACAGGAUCACAUAGAAUUUAUUUAUUUAUUAAAUACUUUUGAAACAAGAUUGCAAAGUCCUGCCUGUUCUAGCGUGGGGAGGCCAAAGGCUCACACGCCCUGAGCCAGUCUGGGGAUGUAACAGCGCGUUUGUAAGGGAGAGGAGAGAGAAAGAUUCCAACACAUCUAACACAAUAUAAUUUUAUUAGCUGCUAUAAAACAUGGUCAUUUUACUUAUGUGUACUCUUGAGAAUCUAAUAAUAGAAUCUCUAUCUGUAUUUAAGAAUAGUAGGCAAACCCCUCCCCUCGAGGUUUAGGGACCUGUUCAAAGAGGGGGCGAAAGUCUGUAAGAGCCAGAGGUGGCUGAUGAUUCCAGGCAAGCAGCAUCUUUCAGAUGCAGCAGGGCCCAUGCACCGUAUGAGCACACAGACACUGUGACAGCACAGGUUCAAACCAGCUGAGUCCCAGCACCGAGAAAGGGUAGGAAGUCGUUGGCCAUUGUGGUCACAGGUGAGCACACUGGGAACCAGGAAUGUUCAACACUCAGGGCUGCCUCUUCAAGGGGAGAGAUGUGUAACCUGCUUCUGCCCAGAAGGCAGGAACACUGUGACUCAUAGCUGGUGGCCUCUGCACUGUGUGCACAGCCAGGCCACGCUGCCUCCCUCAAACUCACGUUUCUGUCAGUCAAUCCGCAGUCUGUCCUCCCUGCCACCCUCAUCAGGACCACUGUUUAUCCUGCGCCUGCUUCCUCAGUUAAUCCAGAGAACCUAUCUGUGUGGAAGAAGUUGCUUGUACUUCACAAGAGUUUCAAUAUAGCCAUCUCUUAAGCUUUUCUGUACACAUAGGACUGAUUAAUUUCCACCAUUUUGAAAUUGUGCUGUGCUUAAAUAUGCCUAAAAUAAACUACCCGUGUCAGACUCCAGAAGUUUGGACAAAAACUGUCCACUGAGUCAUGUUGAGCCAGACUUCCUUCUUGCCUCUUUUGGAUCAGCACCCUGCUGGUUGAGGUGUUUGUAGAGAUCCCCACAAAGGGGAGGUUCAACCAAGAAGGCUUGUGAAAUAGAUGGCUGCUAAGAAAGGCAAAUCAGUUUUCUCCUGUGGAGUGUUGCUGGGCUUUUCCACUACACGCCAGGGCAGGCCCCACCCCAGGAGUAGUUGACUGACAUAAAAUGUACUCAGUGUGUUUGCCUUUUUACUGAUUUUCUUCCUUCCUUCCUUCCCUCCUUCCUUCCUUCCUUCCUUCCUUCCUUCCUUCCUUCCUUCCUUUCUUCCUUUCUUUCUUUCUUUCUUUCAGCAUACUUGUUUGCUUUUCAACUUUUUUUUGUUGAGAGAGAGAGAGAGAGAGCAAGAGAACAUGAGGUUGUAUGAGUUUGUGUGGGGUAGGAUCUGGGAAGAGUAGGGAGGGAGAAAGAGCAUCUCACUGGGCUGUUUCAAGGACGACGUGUGAGGGGUUCUUUACAGCCGCUUUUGAGUGAUGCUCUUUAUUAGUUGUGUCGUUGAUUGUACCACACUAUGAAGGGGCUGUGUUGGAAGGACUGAAUCAGACUUUGAAAAGUUGGUGGGAUUUGGCAGGUCGUGAUAGGAAGAGACACAUAGGAAGAGACACAAGACAAGGGGAGGAGCCGACGGGAGAUGCACCACGUGCCUUAGAGGCCUUGCGUGUCACUUUUAGCUGGAACAGGUAUACACAGUGAUGGUGUCAGUGUGAAGUCAGGAGGUGGGAUGUGGCCCUGAUGUGGAGAAGGCCCCACUUUUUCCCUUUAGUUAGUUGUCCUGUAAGAUAUUUCUCCUUCCUUUAAUAGUAGGAUCUUUGAUUCCGUCUUGGUUCCUUUUGUACACAGAAUUAGUUUUUUUUGUUUUUCACUGAUUGUGAUUUUUGCUGAAAUAUUUUAGACACAUUAAAAGAUAAUUAUGUACAGAAGACAAUAAUAAAUACCCAUUUUAAAUAAAAUGUCCUAAACUUGUAUAUGAAUACUCUUAAUAUAGUUAUUUAAGGCACUGCUCUUAAAUAAAAUAUUUCAAACUAAUAGUUAGACAAGUAUUUGGUUAAGUCCAUUGUUAUGAUGGGCUUCCAAGAGAUUCUGUCACUAUUAACAUUAUAAGUAUAAAUAAGAACAUAAAUAAGAACAUAUAUUAGUUAAUGGGCAUUUAAACACUCGGUUCCCAGGUGUGCUGUUUGAGAGGUGUGUCCUUGCUAAGGAAGUAUGUCACUGGGGGCAGGUUUUCAGAGACUUACACCCUUCCCAGUUUAAUUUUUCUGCUUAAUGUUUGCUCUUUAAGAUAUGAGCUCUCCUCUCUCUCCUUUGACUCCGAUGCCUUUGUGGUACCAGCACAGACUAUACCGUGAAUGUCAGCUUUGUCUUCUAUAACCUCCUUUGGUUGUGAUGUUUUAUCACAGCAAUAAAAAUUAACUAAUACA